AUGGAAACUCAUAAUUCUUCUGAUCAAUCUUCAAACAUAAACAUGAAGUACGAACUAGAUGCCAAUUCUGAAGACCAGGAGCACAACAAAGUCGAACAAUUCACGGGCCAAGAUCUCGAGAGUCAAGUCGACAUCAAUGACACUCAAGGGUCUUUGGCUUCUGAAUGUGUCUCAAGAGCCAUGAGUAGGAGAAUGGCAGGAGUUGAAGAUCUUUACAGAGAGGCUUCGAACAGUAAGGAGCCUAUGCCAAAAAUGGGAGGAGGUAAAGAUUAUCCACCAAUGCUUCCUGAUAGGGAUCCUUAUGCUGUUGGGUAUGAUGGUCCUGAUGAUCCCCAAUUUCCUCACAAUUGGUCACUUACAAAGAAGUUUAUCACCAGCGGAUCCGUUGCUCUCUGUGCCCUCGCGGCAUCGAUGGGCUCAGCAAUGUUCUCUCAAGGUUCCAUGGAGAUGAUGAAAGAGUAUCACGUUGGUUCUGUUGUGGCUGCUUUGGGAACCUCUCUUUUUGUGUUCGGCUUUGCCGCAGGCCCAGUUAUUUGGGGACCACUUUCUGAAUUGUAUGGUAGAAAGACUGUUCUCUUGCCCUCGGUUUUCAUAUAUAUCUGCUUCUCAUUUGCUGUUGGUGCAGCCAAAGAUAUUCAAACCAUCAUGAUUUGCAGAUUCUUUGCAGGAUUCUCUGGAGCCGCUGCCUUGGUCGUCGCUCCAGCUGCUAUGUCUGACAUUUUUGCGCCUGCUGUCAGAGGUAAAGCCAUCACUGUCUUUGCAAUGGCCGUCUUCGGUGGACCUAUGCUUGCUCCGAUUUUGGGUGGUUUCAUUGCCAAAAACCCAGGUUUGGGCUGGAGAUGGACCUCAUACUUCUCGGGAUUGAUUGGUGCAGUUGCACUCAUUGCUGUGACAUUCUUCAUGGAUGAAACUCACAAUGGUCUUAUUUUGGUUCGUAAGGCUGAGAUUUUGAGAAGAAGAACUGGAAACUGGGGUAUUCAUGCUCCACAUGAGGAGGUGUCUUUAUCGAUUAGAGAAAUCGCUGAGAAGAAUAUCACUAGACCAAUUGUCAUGUUGGUGCAAGAACCCAUCUUGCUUCUCGUGUCUUUGUACAAUGCAUUCAUCUAUGGCUUGCUUUACUUGUUUUUGACUGCUGUUCCAUUGAUUUUCGCCGGCGAAUACCACUUUAGACAAGGUAUCUCGGAGCUUCCAUAUCUUUCAAUGCUUAUCGGUGUCUUUAUCGGAGGUGGACUUAGUGUUUACUUGGAAAGAAGAUUUGUCAAAACCAUGAAGAAGAACAAUGGAAAAGUUGUUCCUGAGGAGAGAUUAAUUCCAAUGAUGUUUGGUGCUGUAUCAUACACUAUCGGUUUGUUCUGGCUCGGCUGGACUGGUGCCUAUGCUAAACAUGUUCACUGGAUUGUCCCAACUAUCGGUGCUGCUCCAAUUGGAAUGGGUCUCAUUCUUCUCUUUUUGCCAUCACUUAAUUACAUCAUUGAUUGUUAUUUGUUCUUUGCUGCCUCUGCGUUGGCUGGAAACACCUUCUUGAGAUCAGCAUUUGGUGCAGCUUUCCCACUUUUCGCUAAACAGAUGUUCACCAAUAUGGGUAUUCAAUGGGCUAGUACCUUAUUGGGCUGUCUCUCGUUGAUUAUGGUUCCUGUUCCAUUUUUGUUUUACAAGUACGGUAAAACCAUUAGAGCCAAAUCAAAGUUUGCUUUCUAA